GGAAAAUAUAAAUUAGAUGUUUUUAAUGCAAUCUCUAUUUUUAGGAUGCAUUUUGAGCCAAACUAUUGUUACAUGCAGGUGUGUAUAUAACAUGUAGUCUGGCACUGUUUAAAUUGGAAAAGCCAUUUCAGAGAGAGGUAAUUUGCAAUCGGAGAAGAGAAAGCAUAAAACCUUUUCCUUAUCAGACUUCCAUUCCCAGCAGCUUUUCUUCUCCAUGAAUUGCAAGCUUGUUGAGAAGGAAUCGAGCCCACCCCACACUAUUUUACUUAUCUCAAUCACUUCCCACUCCUCACCCUGCUUCUUUUCCCAGUUUGAAAAGUUCUGUCGGAUUACCAUUACAUUUGUUCAUUGCUAAAGAAACUGAUGAGCUUUUGGCUCAAGCAGUUGCUACCUUGCAAAAGAUAUGUGCAGUUUCUUACUGUUUUGCAAAAGGAAAAAUAGGCGUGCAUGUUAAUUUGUACGUGUAAUAAACCAAAUGUUCAUGUUGCCCAGGCUUAGUUUCUAGUAUAAUGUAUGUAUGUAUUUAUGUACAUAAGCUUAACAUGUUAUUUUAGUUGUGUGCUGGUGUCCUAAACACACGCACUUAUGUACUCCAUAAUAUUAUGUAACUCAGUGUAUGCUUGUUUUGCUCAUGAAGAUUUGCUUGGUUCAUCUUUUGUAGAUGUUGUAGAUGUUACAGUUGCUGGUCUUGAUUCUAAACGUUACAGUGUACUACUCCUGGAUUUGCAUCAGAAUCUGCUGUAUUUUUUUUAUUAGUUACGAAAUCCAGACAGGAAAAUAUGAGUCAAUUUUAAUGUGACAUCUGUGCAGAAACAGAUUACGUAUAAAAUCAAGCACCUCUGGAACAGAAAACAACGAAUUUUGCUUUAUUAAUUGUUUAUUUAAUGUACAUUCGCUUUUCAGUAUUUUGAUAUUGUCAUUUUAUGAAUCUAAAAUUGACUUUAGAUAAAAUUUCCAUUUAAUAGGUAUAUAGUUAUAUACUUUUUUGUUAUGGGAAUUCAGUGAUUACUGAGAGGGUUUCAUGAAUAUCCUAGCAAAAGUCAGUUUGCAAAGGUUAAUGCUUUUAGUCUAUACAUCCUUCUUUUCUAAGAGAUCAGAAUCUCUUAUUAGCAGUCUUUCGAGGUUCAUUUUAAAGGGAAGGAGCUUAAAAAGCAGAGAAAGUUAUGGUUUGAACAUUGAAAUAAUGAAAACUGAGUUGCUCUCUUAGAACCCAAGGGACCAUUGUUACAUCCAUUUCUAGUAUACUCUGCUGUUCUUACAGGAGCUUUCAGGACAAAGAUUCCUGAAGUCAACCAUUUCAUGGCUUUCUUGCGAGCAGUAGGUUAUUGCUACUGGAAGAGUAGGCCUGUCUGAUUUAGUCUGUGUAGUGAAACAGCAAAAUUAAUUCCCUAGUGUGUGUGUGGACAGUCUGUAAGUUACCUACUCGGAUGUUGCUGGUGUACAGCUGUGGAUUGUUGAGAGAAAAACAUGCAGACUUCCGGUGAGCUGCGGACACGGAAAGGAGCGCGAAGUGACCGCUUCGUGGUCACUUCGGUUGAGACGGGGGAGUUUACCGGGUUCUGUAGGGCUUAACAAACCCGAGAUUCAAGGGGAGUUACCUUGGAAAACAGGCUACCCAGCGGCGUCCUUAAGCCAUUCUCCCCUCUUUCGGGGCCCAAAUUAGUGGCCUCAGGGGGGGAUUGAGUGGUGGACACGAGGGGGGAGCACCGCCAACCACGUCUCACGCAGCCUCAGGCUCCCGUGGUAAGCAGCCUGCCUCCGGGACAUCUAUCCUUUGCAUAUCUGGUGUAGAAAACCAUUGAACAGUAUUGUUGAUGAUAGACAUGCCUCUGGUACUCAUUAACACUCUUUAAUCUUUUAUGGGGUUUGUAGGUUUUGUGGGUCCCCCCCCAGUCUGUUUUUUUAAAAAUUAAACUUAUUAUUCUAGGAAAAAGGGGGUCUGCUUUCAGCUAUGAUGUCAGCAACAUACGAUUUGGGUUAUAUGAUUUUGAUGUACAGAGCAUUUGUUUUCUGGUCCCCAACUUUGCCAUAUACAGUGGUACCUCGGUUUAAGUACACAAUUGGUUCCGGAAGUCUGUACUUAAACUGAAGCGUACUUAACCUGAAGCGAACUUUCCCAUUGAAAGUAAUGGAAAGUGGAUUAAUCCAUUCCAGACAGGUCCACAGAGCUGAACACAUGCAUAGGUUUGUACUGUCAAGACUUUUUAAAAAAAUAGGAAUUCAGCUGCAGUGCUUACUGCCGUUGGUAAGGGUGUGGUUUGUUAAUUUAACAGUUAGGCUUGUGUGUGAUAUACAUAACGCAAACUUUUUUAAAAAUCAACUUGGUGUAAGACAAUUAACAAAUGUGCAUGCAUUGCCUACUUCACCACAAAAUUACUAAGAGUAAUACAUGAUGCUGGUGGGUAAAGGUAAAUAGCAAAAAGGUGAAUGACUGCAAGCUUGUUGGAACUGCCUUUCCCAUGCAAAUACCUGUUCAGAUUGUUUUCUGUUUAACAUCAGAUGCGAUAUAUUUUUCUACAUGGGAGGGGCCAUUACCUUAUGGACUGCCAGCACAAUACAAGUUCUCUCAAUACAGUGGUACCUCAGAUUAUAAACGCUUUGGGUUACAAACUCUGCUAACCCGGAAGUAGUACCUCGGGUUGAGAAUUUACCCCAGGAUGAGCACAGAAAUCACGCGGCAGCGGGAGGCCCCAUUAGUGAAAGCACGCCUCAGGUUGAGAAUGGUUUUGGGUUAAGAAUGGACCUCCGAAACAAAUUAAGUUCAAAAACCCGAGUUACCACUGUACAACCCUUGAGAGAGGGUCACCUGCAUUAGAGUUGCUAGUGCAGGCCCUCCAGUUCCAGUAACACCUGCACGCUGACCUAAAAAUAAAUGAAUAAAUAACCUGCAAAAGGUAUUUCUAAGCUGCAGUAGAAUAAAAUCAUCUUGACCUGUGUCCAGUUCUAUUGGAAGCUGUUUCGAAGAAACCACAUCCUGUAUUGAUACAAAUAGCAGAUGUAAUGCUUAUUGAAAAGAUUAGGAUUUGGAUGCUUUCCAGUAUUUGGACUAAUUCCUGUUACUAAUAAACUGUGGAACUUUCCCCCACCUUUCUUUAAUAAGCCUUGAAAUACGAUUCUGCAGUCUCUAAAUAUUAUUUUUAGUUUGUUCUCUUUACAUUCAUCUUCAUGGCUAUGAGAAUAAAAAUGCUUUGCAAGUCUCCCUGCCUUUUAUGUCUAAGUUAAAGAUAUCAAGGUCAAAAUAACUUUUGACAAGAGGCAGGAUUUUUUAAAAAAUGUGCAUGUGUAAGUUGUAAACCAUUCAUUGCCAUAUAUCAAUUUUGAGGGCAAAAUUGACAUUUAAAAAGAGUAUAAGCCUUGUAAGAUGACAUGUUGUCAUAACAGUCAACUUUGCAUAUUCUUGCUUUCCCUAGGCGUACUGCUACAUAUGAUUGUGUUUGCGAGAAACAAAUCAAAUAUUUUUACAUACUGUGCUGAUUUAAAUAUUCCUAUAAAGCACCUGGCAAAACUGUCACCUGACAGCAGCCAUUAUAUCAACCUCCUUCAACAGCCACUUUGCAGUACCUAUUAUAUCAGGUUGUGAUAGAGGACAGAAGAGAAGGGAUGCAGAGCCACUCUCCUGGUGCAGUUGAGAGACCACCAUCUUUUGGCUUCUCCUCUUGAACUUUUUUCACCCCAGCUGGUCAUUUGAAGAAUUUGAAACUACUGUAAAUACUAAGUUCUUAGUUUCUUCCUCUCACUUUCUUUGUGUUCCUAACAACUUUGCUACCUAUCCUGUAUCAAGGGAAUAGCAAAAUACAUGAAUCAUUUCAAGGUGCAUUGCACACAGCUGAAAUAACUUGGCAUCUGUAAUCCUGAAAUAGCUUUUGUAACAAACUAGAACAAAAUAACUUCCCCCAGAGGCUCGAUUUGAGAUUAGCCAUGUUGAAAUAGGCAACAUGAUGUUUUUUAAAAAACAACUUAGGUUUUGUAAAUAUAGACUCCUAACACUAGUGGAACACUAGUAUGUGGCUCUUGCCUUUAACCUGAUGAUAGAAGUUACCUUUACAUAAGAGCCCUGCUGAUUCAGAUCAAAGUCCGUCUAGUCCAGCAACCUGUUCUCACACCAGAUACCCAUGGAAAGCCCAGAACCACAAAUAGUGUUCUCAUCAACUGGUAUUCAAAAGCACUUUUUUCUGACAGUGGAGAUAGAAUAUAGCCAGACUUCAUGACUUUGUCUAAUCUUCUUUUAAAGCCAUCCAAACUGCUGCUCAGGGCUGCUUUAGGAAGAAGGCCAAUAGAUAUAGAUAUGGUAAAUAAGUUGUGGGCCACCACUGCAUCUUGUGAGAGUGAAUUCUUAACUCCCUAGCUCAGGGUUGCCAAACCUUUUGGACUAGUAGGCACAUUUCAAUUUUCCAAGUGUACUGGGAGUGCCAUACUGACUGCUGUGGAGGAGAUGUGGCAUAAUGCAGAAUGGCUCCCAUAGGCAGUGUGGCAUAACACAGAACUGGAGAGACAGAAACUGCCAAUAACUUUAUGCUUCACAAGGGAAGUCAGCUAUGUCUUGCUAGACCUGGUUAUGGGAAACACACACACACACACACACACACACAGUGAUGCCGUUACUAUUCAAUAAUAGCCUGUUUGUACCGCAUGCAUCUUUUAGCUCUUCCUGUCAUCCUUCCAAUUUUGAAUUCAUUGUACAGGUGAUGCUUUCCAGUCAGGAUUGCCUGACAGCAAGGUGAUCAGGUUUUUCUAUCUAAUCUUCAUCUACAAAGCCAGCAAAAUACCUGUCAAGAUGGGUGUGUAGAGGAAAAGCCUGUAUAUUGCAGGACCUCAGACCAGCUGUGAAAAGUCUAUAACUCUGCCUCUGAGGAACGAUUGUGAAAUGUAAGGGGAGUGAGGUAGACCAGAGCAUAGCACGUCUCCUCUCCACGUAGAAGAGAGAGAAAGGAGGAGAAUAUACAUAUUUUCCACGUAGCAACCAAAGCUAAUUUAUGUGAGAAGGUUUGUCAUUGCACAGUUUAAAAUUAUUUCAAAUGAAAUAAAGAAAUUUACCUAGGGAAUUGGCUGCAGUGCAAAGGUUUGAGUUUUGUGGUGACUUAAAUCCUUUGUUCAGCUGUCUAUAUUUCUCACCCUGUCCAGCAAUCUGGGGAAACCUCAGGUACAGAUGAAACUUACUGGGUAGCAUCAAACAAUUCUUAUUUUUUGGCCUAACUGUUGUUGUAAGGCCAAAAUGUGAUUCAUUUCCAUGAACAAAGAACUCGAUACAUUGUUUAAAUAUGGUUUUGUAUCAAAUCUGUGCUGCUCAUGUAAUACAUUUUUUAUUGGUACAAAUCUUGCUUGUGCCCCUUCAACUAAACAUCUUUAUAAACAUUAUCGGGAUGUGGGAAGGUACACUUCCUAUGCUGUGUAAUUCUUUUUCAAGGCUUAUACAGGCAUAUUACAGUGGUGCCUUGACUUACGAAUUUAAUCCGUUCCGAAGGCACCUUCGUAAGUCGAAAAACGCCAUUGGAAACGCGAUUUCCCAUAGGAAUGCAUUGAAAACGGAAAAAUUCGUAAGUCGAAAAAUCCCUAUCUAAAACCACUGUGGUUUCCCCCCGGAUGUCGAGACAUUCGUAAGCGUGCAGCCACUACCCCCAUUCGUAAGUCGAAAAAUUCCGUUGUCGAGUCGUUCGUAAGUCGAGGUACCACUGUAUCACUUUCUUCCUAGAUGUUUAAGCUAGAGUAAUGAGAACUGUGUGAAACUGCUACUUUGUGAAACAUGUUUGUAGUACAGUCGUACCUCGGUUUACGAACCGCUCGGGUUGCGAACAGUUCGGGUUGCGAACUCCGCAACCCCGGAAGUGUUUUCGGCGUGCGCGCUUUGCGCAUGCGCAGAAAUGGUGCUUGGUUUGCGACCUUUCGGGUUACGAACUGCGACCCGGAACGGAUCGUGUUAGUAACCCGAGGUACUACUGUACUAUUAUAUGCCACUGCAUACACAGACUGUAUACUGCAUAUACAAUCAGCUUUCUUGGGUAUACUGUGUGUGUGUCUGUGAGACUGAGUUACAGGGUGUGCAUAAUAUACAUGUUUGUGUCUGUAAUGCUUUACUUCUAGUCUCAGGUGCUCAAGGAUCCCCCCCUCAAAAUAUUUCAAAAUGUUAUUAAUAUUGAUGGCACUAUUACUUCCAUUUACAUCUGAGAAACCUGGGGUUCAGGUUAUCCCAUGACACACUGCCCAGUUGUCUCCCUACUUCCCUAGAACUCCCUCUUUCCCUUUUGAUACUUCUCAACUACACAAUUGUAUCAGACAGAACAGCUGAGAUGGUUGGCUAGCAUACUUUCAGCAAUGUGUGUUACUUAAAAGCAUAUUUUUCUGCAAAGAUUUAUCGAUCAGAUUUCUUCCAGAAAAGUGUAGCUUAUUAAAAUUAGUUAACUGAAACAAAUGGCAGUUUUGUGGAUUAACACUGUUCUUGAAUAGAUGCAGUUCUGUUUUGACAUAAUUCUUACUAGAUUCUAAAAUACUGUUCUGUCACUUUAAACUAUUCAGCCUUUUGAGCACUUUAGUGCACUACAACCUCCCUUGAAUAUAGAAACAUUCCUGUUGUUCAUUCACCAGGCAAGACACACCCCAGUGGAUGCAUACUAUUCACCCAUUAGCUUUCUGUCCUGUCAGUCAGUUGUCUGUGACUAGCACGUUAUUCUGUCUUCUAGCAAGACUCUUCUGUGCCUGGAAUUGAAAGCAGGUAGAGAGAAUGUUGUGUGGAAAUCCUCCUGUAAAGCUAAAAUUGCUUUAAUUUAUUUUUCCAAGGGAAAUGAUUCGUUUCUGGUAUGGCAAGAAAGGAAGAAAGCACCAUUCAAUGAAAAAUAAAUAUACCCUGGUAGUGUCAGUGGCUGAGUAUCACCGCAGGAUCGAUGCUUUAAAUAGUGAAGAACUGCGCACACUCUGCAGACGUCUCAAGAUCACCACAAGGGAAGAUACACCUUCAACACAGGGAACGAUAAAGGCGACACUGGAGCCUGAGGCAUUUCGGCCAAAUCUUAAUGACCCCAGUGAAUUGUUACAACCGGAGCAAAUUGAAAAGCUCACAAAACAUCUUCCACCACGAACUAUUGGGUAUCCAUGGAGCCUUGUCUACAGUACUGCAAAGCAUGGCAUGAGCUUAAAGACCCUGUACAGAACCAUGAUGGGGCUGGACACACCAGUACUAAUGGUAAUCAAAGACAGUGAUGGACAGAUCUUUGGGGCACUAGCUUCCGAACCCUUUAAAGUGAGUGAUGGUUUUUAUGGCACUGGAGAAACCUUUCUUUUUACCUUUUGUCCAGAUUUUGAGACUUUCGCGUGGACUGGGGACAAUAUGUUCUUUCUUAAAGGCGACAUGGAUGCCCUAGCUUUUGGUGGUGGAGGGGGUGAAUUUGCACUUUGGCUCGAUGGCGAUCUCUACCAUGGAAGAAGUCAUUCUUGCAAAACAUUUGGGAAUCGCAUUCUUUCUAAGAAAGAAGAUUUCAUUAUUCAAGACAUUGAAAUUUGGGGCUUUGAAUAAAAUAUAAACUGCUACUACAAAAGGUUGUCCCAAACCUGAAAUGGAUCAGUGCAGCUCAAAAAGCCCUUGAAGCAAUAUAAUGCAGCAAUGCCUUUCAAAAUUCUCUGCAUGGCCAUCUAAAUACCUUUACAUAAAACAUUAUUUAGAUUAUUUUUAACCAGUCAUAAUUGGAGUUUUUACUUUAUAGGGUAAGAUAGGUCUCUGUUGUCAUGUGGCUUGUCAUCCCUGGUCGUCGCCCCCCCCCCCCAUCCCCACUACUCCAAAGCUUUCUCAUACUAUUUUGGGCUAUUUCAUCAAGAAAUCAUUUAUUUACACAAACUGUAGUGAAACAUGUCCCUAUGGGCCUAAAUAAGAGAGAAAUGGAGAUUCUGAAAUUUUUGACAGUGAUCAAUUUGGGCCAUUUUUUUUUAACCAUUCAGAUGGUGCCACUUACUAGACAAAGUAUUCAUCCACAUUCAACGGUGUCAUUUCCUUUCAUGCGUAGAGAAUUCAUGUCUGUUGUAUUUUACAGUAAAAAUGUAGCUGCCCUUAUUGAUUGUAUUGACGUAUUUUGCACAAGCUGUUCAUGAUCUGCAGGAUUGGGACAAAUGUUGGGUAAUGAUUGAGCUACAUGGUCAAGAGAAACAAAAUACCAAUGCUCAGUUGGACAAAGUGAGCGCAAUGCAGUGGAGAAGAAUAGCUAUAGCAGGGGCAUUAUAUGUUCUAAGACUAUGAAACAGAUGCAUUUUUUCCCCAAACAGCAUAAAGUGUCAGAUAUAUAGAUAUAUAUACUGUUUUAUAGUUUUUCUGUUGUAGCUUCGUAGAACAUCGUCUCCAAGAAUUGCUCCUGUCCAAAAAAAGAGAAAAAAAUAUAGGUGUGGUGUUCUCUCUUUUUUCUUUUGAGUGGAUGUAUGUUGUAAACUGCAGUUAGCACCAGCUCUGAUUCAAUGAGGUAAUGUACUCUAGGUAGACAUUGUAACCCAGUAGACUUGUAAUAUGCAAACUUUACUGUUCCGUGACCUCAAAAUGAAAAACAAGACAGGCUAAAAUACAGUUAAUCAGUAGCUCUCGUUCACUUUUGUAGGAGAACUGAAAAGCCAUUGUGGCAAUAAUCGCUCAACAACAGUUUGUUUCAAAGCUUAUAUUCUAUGUUUAUGCAAAAGCAAAAAUUGGAAAAAAAAGCUGUUAAGUGUGACAGUGAAUGAUUUUGUGCUGGAAUCUCAGCUGUUCCAGAUGAACAUUGUAUAUAUUUCUUUGUAAAUUAAUGUUUAAAAGUAGUUUUUGUUAUUUUAGAGAGAGAAAGAGAGAAAGUGUUGAUUGACGGGUUGCUUCUAGCACUUUAAAUUAUUCUAGAAAUAGAAUAAGAAGCCAAAGGGUUUGGCUUAAAUCAUUCGCUGUUGUUGUAUUGUAUGUCGCUAAUAUAAAGUUCUUUCAGAAGUUCAAACACUUUAUCGGAAGGAUGUUUACUGCUGUGGUAACGGGAAAGGGGAUGUUCUAUCUCAACAAUAUGCUCAUGCUUAAUACAACUAAACAUACAGGGCGUAGUUUUCUGUCUCAAUGUAUAGCUCUUUACUCCUGUUAGAACAUAGUACAAUAUAUGUAGAUUAAAUGUUUACAAAUGAAACUGUAAAUAAAUUAAAUGGCUUUUUCUCCCCUUUGGUCUUCCACAGCAGUAUUAUUGUCUUUGUGGGUUUAAGACUAACUAUAAACAAUCCUGUAAUGGAUUUUAAGUACUAUAAGGUCAUACUGAUAUACAGCAAAUAAAUCUAAGUACAUGUAACAUGAAA